ACUAACUGCCAUCCACGUGUCACUCCCCUAAUAGCCCUCGGAACACGUACUCCAUCCUCUCCGUCCCCCUCCCCUCGCCGUCUCCUCCUAUCAACCGUUUCCCGCCGCGGCUGAACCACCGCAACCACCCCCCACACGGCGGCCAAACCUCUACCGCCUCAGCCCAACAACCCCACCCCUCCAGAUCCCUCUCUCUCGCCUCCCGCAUAUUUCCCUCUUGGUAUUGUUUUGUGUUUGUUUCGAAUUCGUUUCGUUUCGUGAUUGAUUUCGACAUCCCAUGGCGGACGGCGAUUCAGAAAGAGUUGUUUACCUCCACGGCGAUCUGGAUCUGAAAAUUAUGGAAGCUCGGAACUUACCGAACAUGGACAUGCUCUCCGAGCGCUUCCGACGCUGCUUCACCGCCUUCGACAUGACCUGCGGCAGGCCCAGGCAGGGCCAGCACCGCCACCGCAAGAUCAUCACGAGCGACCCUUACGUCACCCUCUGCCUCGCCGGCGCCACGGUGGCGCGCACGCGCGUCAUCGCCAACUCCCAAGAUCCUAAAUGGGACGAGCAUUUCCAUGUCCCUCUCGCUCAUCCGGUUUCUCAGGUGGAGUUCCAGGUCAAGGACAACGACGUGUUCGGCGCCGAGCUGAUUGGCGUCGCGGCCGUCCCGGCGGAGAGGAUUUUGUCCGGCGAGGUCAUAAAAGAGUGGUUUCCGAUCAUCGGAUCCCACGGUAAGCCGCCGAAACCGGACUGCGCGGUUUUUCUCGAGAUGAGAUUCGUGCCGUGCGAUGAGAAUCCGGUUUAUAACAAUUCUGAUCCGGGCCGGUUCGACGUGGACCGGAGUUAUUUCCCGGUGAGGCACGGGGGGAACGUGACUCUAUACCAGGACGCGCACGUUCCCGAAAACGCCCUCCCCGAGAUCGAGCUGGAGGAGGAAAUGGUGUUUAGUCACGGUAAGUGUUGGGAGGAUAUUUGUCACGCGAUUUUGGAAGCGCAUCAUUUGGUGUAUAUUGUUGGGUGGUCUAUUUUCCAUAAGGUGAGGCUGAUGAGGGAGCAGAGCAAGCCGUCGCCGAGCGGCGGGGACUUGAUUCUUGGUGAUUUGUUGAAGUACAAGUCUCAAGAAGGGGUUAGGGUUUUGCUGCUGGUUUGGGAUGACAAGACUUCCCACAGCAAGUUGUUCAUCAAGACGGCAGGAGUGAUGGGAACUCAUGAUGAAGAAACUCGGAAGUUUUUCAAACACUCUUCUGUGACUUGUGUGCUGUCGCCUAGAUAUGCAAGCAGUAAGCUUAGCAUUUUCAAGCAACAGGUUGUUGGAACCCUCUAUACACACCAUCAGAAAUGUGUCAUUGUGGAUACACAAGCGCAUGGAAAUAACCGGAAGCUAACUGCUUUUAUUGGAGGUCUGGACCUCUGUGAUGGUCGCUAUGAUACACCUGAGCAUCGACUAUUUCGUGAUCUCAACACUGUUUUUCAGGACGAUUAUCAUAAUCCAACAUUACCUGCAGGAGGAUCUAAGGGUCCAAGACAACCAUGGCAUGAUUUGCAUUGUAAAAUUGAAGGGCCUGCUGCAUAUGAUGUGCUCAAAAACUUUGAGCAGAGGUGGAGAAAGGCUACAAAAUGGUCAGAGUUUGGGCGACGUUUUAAAAGAAUAUCACAUUGGCAUGAUGAUGCUUUAAUAAAGAUAGAACGGAUAUCAUGGAUACUUAGUCCUAACCCAUCUGUUCCAGAUGAUGAUCCUCAGUUGUGGGUUUCUAAGGAAGAUGAUCCUCAAAACUGGCAUGUGCAGAUUUUCCGAUCCAUAGAUUCAGGUUCUCUCAAAGGAUUUCCAAAAGAUGUUCAUUCAGCAGAGGCUCAGAACCUAGUGUGUGCAAAAAAUCUUGUGAUAGACAGGAGCAUUCAAACAGCAUAUAUUCAAGCAAUAAGAUCUGCUCAGCAUUUCAUAUACAUCGAGAAUCAGUAUUUUCUAGGGUCUUCAUAUGCAUGGCCAUCCUACAAGAGUGCAGGUGCUGAUAAUCUAAUACCAAUGGAGUUGGCGCUAAAGAUUGCUAGCAAAAUAAGAGCAAAAGAAAGGUUUGCAGUUUAUGUUGUCAUUCCAAUGUGGCCUGAAGGCGUUCCAACAUCCGCAUCUGUUCAAGAAAUUUUGUUUUGGCAGGGACAAACUAUGCAAAUGAUGUAUGAAAUUAUUGCCCACGAGCUGAAAGCCAUGAAUCUUGACAAAGCACAUCCAAAAGACUACCUGAAUUUCUAUUGUCUUGGUAAUCGAGAAGAAUGCCCAGUAGAAAGUUUAGAUGCAACCAAGCAACCUUCUGCCAAUGGAGAUGCGGUGUCAGCUUCCCAAAAAUUUGGACGGUUUAUGAUUUAUGUUCAUGCCAAGGGGAUGAUAGUAGAUGACGAAUAUGUGAUUUUGGGUUCUGCCAAUAUUAACCAACGAUCUAUGGCUGGUUCAAGGGACACUGAGAUAGCUAUGGGCGCAUAUCAACCCCAUCAUACCUGGGCUAAGAAGAAAAAACAUCCACAUGGCCAGGUAUAUGGAUACAGAAUGUCGCUCUGGGCAGAGCACUUGGGGAAAUUAGACGAGUGUUUCAAGGAGCCCCACAGUUUGGCUUGUGUGAAAAGCGUGAACAAGAUUGCUGAAGAAAACUGGAAGGGGUUCAGCUCGGAGGAAUUCACUCGGCUGCAGGGCCAUCUUCUCAGAUACCCGGUGGAAGUAGACGUCAAUGGUAAGGUAGGCCCCUUGCCUGGACAAGAGAAUUUCCCUGAUGUAGGGGGAAAGGUGAUUGGCGCUCGAACAAACCUCCCUGAUGCUUUAACGACGUAGCCUUUUUCCGAUAGUUUUCUUGUCCAUUUUUUACUACGAGUGUACCAUUUUCUUGUCAGUGUUUCCUCUCAAUUUUCUGUACCCACUUUUACUUGUACAUGUGUUCCGGUGCAUAUUCGGCUAUUAGAUUACGUGAGAGUCUUGAGAGAUGGGAAGAUAUUCACCAGGUCUAUUGGCCGAUCGAAAACCGAUACUUGUACAAAGGAUUUAAGUUCUCAUUGUUUCCGGUGUGAUUCUUUUAUAGCACUGCUGUAACUCAUACCACAAAGAAACACAGAAUUGUACGGAAUAUCUUUAGAUGUUGUGAGAGUGGAAUUUUUGUCACGCUUAAGCUCUCAAUUCAAA